GAGGCAGUCCUAGGGGAGACAGAACCCACCGUAAGGCCUCUGGGGAGAGACCUGCUGAAUGACAAAGCGGGGGAUUUUUAACAGCAGUCUUUACCUUUAUGUCCCCUUUUUCAACAUUUGCUUUUGGAAGUUUUCCAACGUAGACGAGAGGUGACAGAAUUACAUGGUGAUCACCUGUACCCCCACCACCUAGGUCUGCUGUUAAGAGGCUGCUGCUAUAUCGGCUUUGUCACGUACCACCCCACGGCCAUCAACCCAGCCUGCACUUUAAUGCAUUUCAAAGUAAAUGCAGACAUCAGGACUUUUUGCUGAAUGCUUCGUGUGUAUUGCUCACCAGCAUUCCGUACUGUUUACAGCUUUUUCCUUCAUAACAUUUGUCAUUUUAAUUCUACGUGGCUCAAAGAACAAGUCCUGUGUGUGGAAAAUCCCCGUAGGCAGAGCCGUUGGGCUCCUAGCGUGGGAGGAGAGUCCGUGCUCUGCUCGGCCGCCCUCCACGCGGCCCAGCUGGCACGGAGGGCUGUCCGGUGGGACCACCACCGGCGUGGUGGGGCGAGGGCAGUGUGCAGGCCUCUUAGAUUACCAAAGCACAGCUCAGGCCGUAAAGGGGUAAACCAGGCUGGGACUGGCCAUUUAGUGUUCAGAGGAAAGGGGGUCCUGAGCGGGCCGAGGGAGGAGGCCGACUCUGAGCCAGGCUCGGAGGAGGAGGAACGGGGGAGGCCGUAUCCAGAGGUGCAGGGCAACGGUGGCAGAGCGGGACGCUUCCCACUGACCACUGAGGCAGGGGCAGGGCCUCCCCACAGCUCUACUGGUCCUGGCACUGCAGACCCUGGUGCCUGCCUUACUCCAGCAGGCCCCCCUUCACCCCAGGGGUCUUCAGGGUGGGGUGCCUGCCAGUGCCAAGGUGCCCUGUAGCUUUCUGUGUUGUCCUCGGCCCUCAGACAAGGGCCCCUGUCCAUCCUUGGUGGUGUGGACUCCCCCACAAGGGGAAGGAGGAGCUUCCUGCUCAGACGGCUUGGCCCUCCGACUCCUGAAUGAUCAAAUCCCAACACCUCGUUGUGGCCCUGGGCCCUUGAAACCCGCCCCCGUGGUUCCACCCAGCCCCUGUGGAUGCUGUUCCUGCAGAGGAUGUGCUUCAGCUCUCGGGCCAAGCCAGCUGUCCUCCAGGGUCCCGGCCAACGUGGCUUCUCUUGUGAAGCCUGGGGCCCAAGCCCUCAGGCAGAAUUCACUGCUCCUUCCUCUGGGGCCCCUGGUUGCACUGGGUGACGCCCUGUCACAGCUGACCGACAUGAGUCUGCGGCCCUUCCCGUGCCGGUGCUCAGGGAGGCAGAAGCCCUCUGUCCGGUGCAUCCCAUGUCUCAGGACAUCUUACCAGAGACCCGAGAGCCGGUGUCAGGUCGAGGGCGUCGAAUGAGCCAGUUCUCCAUGAGCCGUGGUGGGAGCCGGAAUCGGGGGCUCGGCCGUGGCCCAUUUCCUCCAGCAGCACUUUGGCCCCCGGGUGCAGAUCGACGUGUUUGAGAAGGGGACUGUGGGCGGCCGCCUGGCCACCAUCUCGGUCAACAAGCAGCACUACGAGAGCGGGGCUGCCUCCCUCCACUCCCUGAGCCUCCACAUGCAGGACUUCGUCAAGCAGCUGGGGCUGCGGCACCGGCGAGAGGUGGGAGGCAGGAGUGCCAUCUUCAACGGGGAGAGCCUGGUGCUGGAGGAGACCGACUGGUACCUGCUGAACCUCUUCCGCCUCUGGUGGCACUACGGCAUCAGCUUCCUGAGGCUGCAGCUGUGGGUGGAGGAGGUCAUGGAGAAGUUCAUGAGGCGGGCAGGCCCUCCACAGCCCGUGACCAGGCCAGAGGCGCAUAACCAGCCUCCCCUCCCGCCCCGUGAGGCCCGGCCACAGGUAGGAGCCGAACGGCCUCUGCACAAGGGCCCUGGCUCCGUGUGUCUCCAGGAUCUACAAGUACCAGGCCCACGGCUACGCCUUCUCGGGCGUGGAGGAGCUGCUCUACUCCCUGGGGGAGGCCGCCUUCAUCAACAUGAGCCGGCGCUCCGUGGCCGAGUCCCUGCUCCGGGUGGGCGUCAGCCAGCGCUUCAUCGACGACGUCGUCUCGGCCGUCCUGCGGGCCAGCUACGGCCAGUCGGCAGCGAUGCCCGCCUUUGCCGCGGCUGUCGGGGCCCCACCACCUCGGGCUCGCUCACCCAGCCCAGCCGCUCCGCCUCCUCGCCCGUCGUGUUCCAGUCCCACCUCUGUGCGGCCACCCCGGUGCCUGAAGCAUUCUUCCCUGAGACGCCCUCUGGAGGCUUCCCAGAGGACUCUGUCUCCCGUUUACUGACGAACCCUCACGACGGCACCAUCACCCCGUCACGGGCCCUCAGCCUUCCCCCCACCCCCCCGAAGAAAGGAAUGCAAACGUGUGUGAUUAACAAGCGCCUUCCACACGCCCAGGGGGCCAUGUCACUGGCAGGGGCGCAGGGCAGCCUGUGGUCAGUGGAGGGCGGCAACAAGCUGGUCUGCUCCGGGCUGCUGAAGCUCACCAAGGCCAACGUGAUCCACGCCACGGUCACCUCUGUGAACCUGCAGCAAACAGACGGGAAGCCCCUGUACCAGGUGUGGUACGAGAACGAGGCGGGCGUGGGCUCCGACUACUACGACAUCGUGGUCAUCGCCACGCCCCUGCACCCGGACAGCGGCAGCUCCAUCACCUUCGGAGGCUUCGACCCGCCCAUCGCCGUCGCCCAAGGCCCUUUCCAGCCCGCCGUGGUCUCCCUGGUCCACGGCUACCUCAACUCCUCCUACUUCGGCUUCCCCGACCCCAAGCUCUUCCCCUUCGCCACCAUCCUCACCACCGACUUCCCCAGCUUCUUCCUGGCCCUGGACAACCUCUGUCCCGUCAACGUCUCGGCCAGCUUCCGGCGCAGGCAGCCGCAGGAGGCCGCUGUGUGGCGGGUCCGGUCCCCACAGCCCCUCCUCCGGUCCCAGCUCAAGACCCUCUUCCGCUCCUACUACUCGGUCCAGACGGCCGAGUGGCAGGCCCACCCCGUCCACGGCCCCCACGGCCCCCUCCCGCGCUUCGUGCUGCACGACCAGCUCUUCCACCUCAAUGCCCUGGAGUGGGCGGCCAGCUCCGUGGAGGUGACGGCUGUGGCCGCCAAGAACGUGGCCCUGCUGGCUUUCAACCGCUGGUACCAGGACCUGGACAAGAUUGACCAAAAGGAUCUGAUGCACAAGGUGAAGACGGAGCUGUGAGGCCUUGGGUGCCCAGGGAGCGGCCGGCCGAGCUGAAGGAGGGGCCCCCCACCACCACCGCACCCCCUCAGUCCCCUCAGGCGGAGCGUCCUUCAGACCCCGGGGCUGCGGAGCGCCGGCGCCCUCCACCACGGGUCCCGGAGGACCCCCCGCCUCUCCAGCGUAACCAUCCUCCCGGGGGAGCCUCUCGACGGGAGAGGAGGGAAGGAAAGGACGUUCCCGCCGUCUAUCCGCUUAUUUAUUUUUUUUAAGAAGAAAUAAAAACCCAUCUUAAGCUGCUUCUGACUAGGUUUUCUGAGAGGACUCUGGGAGGCCGUGGAAGGCAGAGAACUCGGAAUCCGAUUUCUUGGUGCGUCCCCUGCCGGCUCCCAAAAGGCACCUGAGGCAGUGCUUUCCAGAAACCAGACGGCUCCCCACAGAGGGGAGGUCAGAAAACCUACGACAGGGCGCCGGCGCCUGUUUACUGCAGGCACCUUAGAUGCAAAGUGCCCAGUUGAGAACUGACUGCACGACAGUCCAGCCUCUGGAUCCCCCUGCGGGUUGGGGGAGGCGACCGUGGAAGGACACAAGGGAGAAAGGCUGCCCGAGCAGAGAGCUGGCCGUGAGCUCGAGCCUCACGGCAGCCAGCGGCAAAGGGAGCAUCGCAGGCGAAGGAGGCGCCUGGGAGGACCGACUCUCUGCCCAGAAAGCGAGGGCUGAGCAAGAACACGGCCCACCCGCCCGGGAGAAGCCAAGUUCCCGGCGGCGGAGAGCGUCCAGCCCCAGACGUUCACCGCAGAGCAGAAGGUAGUGGGAUGGCGUUCAGGUGAGGACGCCCAGGUCCCACCCCGACCUGCUAAACACGCCUCGGGGGAGGACGCAGACACCCAAAGGACACCACGCUGCCGAGGACCUGGACGUCAGGACUUCCUAGGCGCCCCGGAGGUCAUCAGCCCUUGUCCCUCGUCAGGUAGAGGUGGAGCUACAAGGCCAAAGCGAGAAGAGAACUGGCCCCAGGUCUCCCAGUGAGUUUGCAGAACUGGGCUUCAACCUGGAGCUUCUCCUUGGAAUUAACUGAAUUCAGCGUGGGCCAAAGUGCCCUCCACGCAGGCAGAGGCUCCGUGGCCUCUGAGUCGCUCUUACUGGGCUUUCCUGUUUUACUAGGCAGAGGCGACGGCAGGGGUGGCGGACCGGCUGGUGCCUUUAAAGGGCACGGGCACGGGCGCACGCCUCUCGGUUGUUGCAGGAAGGAAGAGGACGACAGAGGACGGCAGAGUCGGCUAGCUGAAGCGACAGAGGGCUUCGCUGGUUAUGAUGAAGGGCCGGGGCCGCGCCAGCAACGGGCACGGCGAGGUGCCCUGCCUCCUCUCGAGGGCAGAGACGGCUGCCCACAGCCGCCAGCGUCAGAGGGUCUUCUCCCACGAGGACCCAUGAAGCAAAGUCUGGGCUCUGGGCCCCUGUGGAACCAAUUCCCGGGGCCGAGAGAAUGCCACGUGCUGACGGGCUCUGGGCUCAGCGGCUGGCCGAGAGCCUGGGACAACGGGGACGAGACUAAACUGAUGGGCUUAAAACAGUCAGGUCCCACCGCGGCGCCGGCGCGAGGGGCUCAUCCAAGAUCAAAGGGGGGAGCCGGCUCUGGAGAAAGGCACAGUGUCGCCCAGGCAGGGACGGGGCGGCGCCCGCCCCUCCUCCCAGGUCCACAGAGAUCCAUGUGCAGCGGCCUCUUUUCACGGCCAGGGUCAGACGUGAAGAUGGCACGGGCCGUCGCCGUGUGGCUGAGGACCGGGGCGUGGGGCCAAUACCAGUCUUGUCCCUGACAGCCCCUCCCCCGCAUCCCUAAGGACGUGUGCACAGAAGAGGCACCAGGGCAGCCCCAUGUGAUCUCCAGCCUGGCCGCAGUGGAGCGGGCUGGUCCUUCCAAAGCUCCCUGUCCCUGAGUAGGCAGGCCUGGCCAGCUCAGGACAGCAGCCAGCCACACGGCCACGCCGCCUGCUGCCACGAGCCCAAAGCUGAGGGCUGGCUCCCACCGCCCCUCUGCCCACAAGGAGAGGACAGAGGUUCCGGAAGGCAGCCCCCAAGGGCCCCCAGCUCUCUGGGAGGGGAGAGAGCAGUUGCCAAGACAGACAGAGCCCUACAAUCUGCCAAAUAAACAGGAACGAGGCAUCACCA